AUGGGAAGCAAAAAUAAGCCAUGCAAAGGUGAAUAUGAUAUGCCUAAUUUAACAUCCCCUACACAAGUUCAUGGGAAGUCUCAUAUGAGACAAUUUAGUACUAAAUCAAAGGCUAAAGGAUCCGCCAGUUUUAAGGGCCUACGAAGAGUCUUAACACAUGAUGGUACAUUUGAAGGUGAUGGUCUACUCAAUAGGCAUGGUUCAUUCAAGAAGAGUAAAAGCUCUGACGCUUUAUAUCGAAGACGUGCGAUAAGUGGACUUAAUAUGACUGCACUUGUUGGUGAGAAGCCAACAAACCGGGUAUCCCGAAGCCAAGGAAAUUCGAGACUAAGCAGUCCAAUACAAAGCCUCUCAAAAAGUCACAGUAGCAGUAAUGUUGCCCAUUCUUUGGCAAGUGCCAUUGGUGGUAGCGGACUCAGACCACGUAGAACAAGAAGCACACACUCAGUUUUAACAUUACGACAAGGACAGGAGUUCUAUGAUAAUGAAUCAACUACGGAUGAAGAAGUGGAGCAUUUUACUGACGAGGAAGCACAAAACUCGGACAGCAGUGAUAAUAUUCAUCAUACAAGGCCGAAAAGCUCCAGGAUGUUCAGUGAUGAUAGAGUUAGAGAUCAGCAACUUUCCGUAAUUCAGUCAAGUCCUGAAGAUAUAAUUACUCUUAAUGGGAAUCCUAAUCAGGGUAAAGGGGAUUCAUAUUCAACUUUACGUGCACAUAACUCAAUUGACCAUUCAAAAAACACAAAUAAAGAUUUUGAUGGAAAUAGCUCAGAUGAUAAGAUUGAAGCUAUGCUUGAUGAUGUACAUUUAUCGAAAGCUUCGAAUAAAAGUAUUGAUCACUUAAAUGUAAAGGACGAUCACGAAGAUCAUAUAGGAGAGGUGGAUCCAAAUUCAUUAUCAUUUGAUUCACACUCAUUAGUACGACAGGAACGUAAACCUAGAACUUUAGCUAAAGUAACUGAAGGCGAAGAAUCAAUAGCCGACGACAUGAAUAAAAAUAGAUCCCCGAUUGAAGAGUUUACGAAAAAAGAUAGAGAAUAUCAAUCGAAAAGUGAUGAACCUUAUAUUCCAGAUAUGAUUUUAUCACAAUCUACAGGUGUUGAGCGUAAAUUCGAGAAUCCUUCUUCUAUCCAAAAUUCGCUGGCGAAAGAGAUACAGAAUACUAAAUAUCUUGAAGACUCUGAUAAUACCACUGAUGCACCCUCUAAACCCAUAAAAAAUAUCUCAGGCUUUGAUAAGGAUGAAAUAGAAAAUGCGAGGCUGAAUGAUACUAAACAUAGUAUGCUAAAUCAACAAGUCAAUGCUAAAUCUGAACUGACAAACAAUCUUCAGAAAGUCAAUCCAGAUAAUAAUCCUCCCAGGAGCUCUUUGACAAAUACAAUUUUUCAAAAGAGUAGAAAUCAAUAUGCAUCAAGGACAGAUACUACAGAAAAAGGACCUACAUCAUUAUUAAAAACAGACAGAGACAGCAACUCCACAACCAAAAUUAAUAACUUUUCACAAUUUUUAAAGUCCGAAAACAUAGAUGGUAAUUCCCGUACUCAACGGAAAAUGCUCCUUCAAAGAGAGAGUUCCAUAUUAGAUCUUAAUUCUCAAACAGAUAGUGCUGAGGCUAUUUUUAUGACUGGUCAUAUCGAACAGAAGCGGGAAUACGAAAAAAUUACUCACGAAUAUACCACUUUGAGGAGAUAUACCAAUCCAUUAGAUAAAUCGCUUCUAAGACUAAAAAAUAGCAAAAAUUCUGGAAAGACAAAUUCAACUUACGGAAAUAGUGGUCUGGAAGGCUCUUCUAUUAGUACAUAUAGUAACCAGGUGAAAGAAUUAGACGAUUUCCUGCCCAAGGCUCAGCAAUCAAAACUAAACUCAAUUUUGGCAUCAAUAUGGAGAUCUGAAAGCCAAUCAUUCAAUAAGGACGUCAAUCCACUAAACAGAAACAAGUCGUCUAUGGAGGAACAAAGCAACCAUUAUUCGUCCUUAAAAAACUCAUUGAAGAGCAACAUACCAGGUUCUGGAACAGGGUUGCACCAACAGAGAGUACCAAAAAUGCAGCCUACAACAAGAGCCGUACACAGAAGGAUGGAGAAUAGCAAUACCAACUUGGCAGCUCACUUUAGAUAA